UUCGCCAUAGCGACCUCAGCUGCAAUCUCUCUAUGACUCACCAUCACUGAUACAUGCAACUGCAUCGGAGAGCUGCUCGGAGGAGGAAGUGCAGUUUGAGGAAGUCAGCAGUUUGAGGGAGGGUGGGGUGAGAAUCUAUGAGGUUUCUAAGUGGAGCUGAGGGCAAACAGUAGAUGACAUCAGUCAAGAGGCAGCAGUCACCUCUCCUGUGAUGCACAUCCCCAUUCAGUUAAUGUUCAGCUGUUCGUGAGAUGCAACUCAUUUCCGCCUGCGGUACCUUAUUUGGACGAGCGACCCUCGCUUCCUCGCCGCUGUUCCAGUGGUACAGGCCAUCUCGACAUAUCCCUGGCAUGCUGCUCGCUGUUAUUCUCGCCCUUAUUUCAAUAGCUUUGUCUCCCAUUACGGGAGAACUCAUCAAAGUCAGCGGGCUCAGUGGUGGGAAAGCUGUAAUACAAUGUGUCUACGACGGUUACUACGGAACCAACCAGAAGUACCUGUGCAAAGGGGAAGUAUUUAAAUAUUGCAGUGAUGUAAUUAAAAACAAUUUAGACGAGAUCUUCAUUGAAGACCAGAGAUUUAAGCUGUACGACGACAGGAAUCAAAAUGUCUUUACGGUGACCAUCUCCAGCCUGUCAGAGGAGGAUGCGGGGACAUACUGGUGCGGGGUAGACAUUUAUGCGGCUAUUGACAUUUCCACAGAAGUGCAGCUGGUGGUGCAAAAAGCUCAGACCUCCACGAUACGCCUGACCUCCGUGAGUCACACUCAGAGACCACGUCUGGACACUACCUUUACCUGGACAGUUGUGGAGGAGAUCUGCCUUCAGACCCGUGGAGAGCAGAGAGGCGGCGAGAGCUCCUUUGCACACUGUACCUGCCCCCUCAUACACCCUCUUUUAGGUACUGUGCUCAUGUGGGCUUGGUUUUGCACUGCCUGACAUCUUUGCCCAAAGAGUUCCACUGUUUGACUUGUUUAAAAAAUGUCUGUCUCAGACUAAACAGGAAGCCCAGCUCCCCCACAGGACCGCUGAAAGAACUGAAUUGUUCAGUGUAACGA